AAUGUCACAUUUUCUCCAGUAGCCUAGAUUCUCGCUUUCAGCCAAGUUAUGGUCCAAACGUAAGCUUCUUAUUAUACAAAAUUCUGAUUUAAAAACAUCUCGCUGUGGCACUUCGCUAACUCAACUUCUUGAAGAUGUUGACACUGAGAAGACACUAUGGCCUUGAUAAUAGGAUGUAGGCCAGGGAUCAUCAACUAGCUCUUGAUCAUUCAUGACUCUCCGUUCCAUUACAUUACACAUAUGAGUCAUUGGCCGAAGGCAUUUUCUUUAGGGGGGAGUUUUAAGAAUCGCGACGCUCGGUCUGAACAUCGCUUGAGGUAUGGUUUUUUGAAAGGACCGUAUCUUUCAUAUCAGAAAUAAAUCAUUUUCGAAAACAAAAGGUUACCUUGAUACACACCUUUUUAUAGGGUCAGGGUUCCCACACCGCAAUAUUUUAAUCUUUAAAGCGCUUGUUUACGGAAAACAGACGACUACUUGUGCAAUUAGCUACCUGCAUCUCCGAACUCCUGUGUGUAAAUAGAAGAGACUCCACAAACGGUUUUUUAUUUUCUUAAUUGGAUGGUCAGGGGUCAGAACAUAAUUACAAAUAACUUGUACUCUGCAAGAAGCCCAAACAAAAAUAUCUGACUAAAACAUAAUCCUUUCAAACCUUGCGUACAUUUGUAUACGAUCACCUUUAUCUCUCUGUUCUGCGUGGGAAUACUUUGGAACAGAUUUCCUAAAUUAAAUGCACUUUGAACCAGGGAGGUCAUUAGGGCCUGGCUUUCGUGGCUUUAGCCCGAAAUAAUUUUGGGUCAGCCCAGAAUCUUUGGCGCUCCUGCUAUGGUGUAAAAAAAAAAAAAAAAAAAAGAUUGCGCCGCUUAGUUCAUUUAGCUAUGGUUCCGUGAAACUCCCAAAUUCAUUCAACCUUUAUAAUCCGCCACUUUUCCAGAAUGAUGCCAUGUCUAGCAAGAUCACAAUGAUUCCUUAGUAUUCUACAUUAACAAACCGAUUAUAAUAGCAUGAUAAUGUUCGGCUACUCUUAUACUAAAACACCACGUAAUUUCUUGUGCUGAAAUGUUGAAUAUGCUUUGAUUGAAACAAAAUACAGGUGGUUGUGUUAAACUCCAUCUUCUCUAACAUUCGAUUAAACCGUAGUUAGGCUGAUUAACCUACAUCAUUCAAGAGGAUCGAAAUGCAUAUUUCCAUGAAAUUGCUUGGGAUCAAAUGGUUGGCAUUCAUGCAGCAUGGACGUUUCACCUGUACUACUUGAAGAAUUAGCAUUCAAGAUUGACAGUGAUCACUUAUAAGUGAGUCCAGUAUCUGCCAGGCGCGGGCCACGGUCAUGCUGUACGAUGAUGCUAAUAAGCGCUGGGUGCCAGCAGGCACAGGGGGCCAGGCCUUCAGCAGGGUCCAGAUCUACCACAACCCCGUGGCCAACACAUUCCGAGUGGUGGGACGCAAGAUUCAGGCCGACCAGCAGGUGGUGAUCAACUGUCCAAUCGUCAAGGGGCUGAAGUACAAUCAGGCCACAACCAACUUCCACCAGUGGCGGGACGCCCGGCAGGUGUGGGGGCUGAACUUCGGCAGCAAAGAGGACGCCACCCUCUUUGCCAACGGCAUGAUGCACGCCCUGGAGGUGCUGAGUGCUCUCGGCGACUCGGGAUACUCCUCUCUCCCUCACCCUGUCCAGAAUGGACCCUCCCCAGAGGAGCUGGAGCAGCAGAGGAGAAUGGAGCUGCAGAGGCAGGAGCAGCAGAGGCAGGAGCAGCAGGAGAGAGAGAGACAGGCCGCAGCCAUCCCUCCUACAGCCCCACCCGCCCCGCAUGCCCCUCCCUCAGCCCCCGGUGGACCCCCGCCUCCCCCAGGCCCGCCACCACCCCCAGGCCCCCCACCUGCUGGCCCUCCACCCCCACCUGGCCCCCCACCACCCCUUGGGUCUGGGGCGCCACCUGCCCCACCUCUGCCAGGAGGAGGGGGGGAUGGAGGGGGUCUCGGUGAUCCCGGUGGACUAGCUGCUGCCCUGGCAGGAGCCAAACUACGCAAAUCCACGAAGGAAGAUAGUGGUGCGGCGGCACUUCCUACAUCGGGAGGAGGAGGAGGAGGAGGUGGUGGGGGAGGAAAUCUGAUGGGGGAGAUGAGUGCCAUCCUGGCCCGACGGAAGAAAAUGUCAGAUAAUCCAGGCGCAAAGAAGGAUGAGCCCGGCAAUGAAGACUCCUCAAAGUCCUCAGGCCAAGGUGACACCCUCAGGAGACCGUGGGAGAAAUCCGCCACCAUGCCAAGGACUAACUCAACCACCAAGACCCAGGUGCAGGAGAGCAGCCCAAGCCCCACCACCUCUGCCCUUCCUCCCGUUCCCCCUUCUCCAUCCUCUACCCCAGUGUCCAGGAUGAAGACAGUGAACAGUACCACGGACAGCACAGGCAGUGAAGAUACAGAGAUGGAAAGAAUCAAACAGGACAUCCUUGAGGAAGUGAGAAAAGAGCUCCAUAAAGUGAAGGAUGAAAUAAUCUGUGCAUUUAUCCAGGAGCUACAAAAGAGAGGACCAGUAUAGUCUCUCAACAUACAGCCACUGGGGGGGGUGGAAGGGAGAGAUAGCCAUAUGGAGGGGUGGAUGGCUCAUAUUUCCUUCAAUGUUACACACACACAUACCUAUACAUUUAGGACUGUACCAAUCGGCAGUCUUCCAAACUUUUUUAGGGGCUGUUUUUCUUGUUUGUCUUAUGGUUUCAAGAGCUCUGCUGUGCUGUGCUUCUCUCUUGCUCCACCAUCACUGCCUACCUUACUCUACUCUCUCCCUGCCUCCCAAGUCAACGCCCAUAUCUUACCUGGACGUAUCUAGCCUUACUUUUCACUAGUGCGGAGCAAGGUUUGGCUCAGUUCGAAUUGAAGGCAGUCAACUGAAAUUCCAAUUCAAUUAUUGAAGAAAGGGCAUCUAAUUUCAAUCACUUCUCAAUAAACUGAAAAGGAGAAGCUAUUUAUGUCAAGUUUUACACAUUUUGGAUUUUAAAUUCACUUUCUGAAUUUACUGACUUCAAUUUGAAUUGAGCCCAAACACGAUGCAGAGAAUUCAGGGAAUAUACCAUCGACACACAGUACAUUGUCAACAGUUGCACAUUUCAGUCUCACACCAACCUAUCUAUGGGGAAACGGUUCAGCUGCAGCGGUUGACCACACGGUGGAGCUGUGAAACAGGAGAAUCGGAUCAGAGGGCCUGCCUUUUUCUGUAGUCUCUGUACAACCCCGGAACAGUUGGAACUACAAAUCCCAGCUUGCAACAAUAAGAGAGAUCUGGUUAAAUAUAUGUCUGUCUGUCUACUGCACCUAAUAGAAGUAGGGUGAAGUUGUUCCUAGACCCUGAUCUUAGGUCAGUUUUGCAUUUUCUCCACUUAUGUUUAAGUUUGGGGGAGAGGAAGCUAAUCCUAGAACUUUACUUAAGGAAACUUCAACCACCUAAUACUGCCACCUUAUAAUCUAAUAGCGAAUGGGUUGCCAACUCCUCUGAGCUCUUGCUACACCUCACAUCAAUUGUUUGUUUUUUCCAAACUCAGGGAUUAGAGGAAGCAUAUUAGUUAGUGCUAGAUAGGACUGUCUGCAACAGGUCCUAUACUAGUCACCAUGCCCACUUCUCCUUAGCAUUUAGCACAGAGGAUCGCAGCAGACCACCUAUGGAUGACAAAAAUCAAAUCAACCCUACCCCCUACAACCUUUGCCUCCCUUCUUCACUAGUGGGGUUGUGAGAAGAUUGGAUUUGUGUAAGCAAUAUGGCAUCCAGCCAAUCAGAGAGCAUGUUGAAACUAUUACCAUAUUACUUAUGUCUAUCUUAUCCUUUCAGAUUUCCACAAGUGCAUAGGGUCAGGGGUUGAUUUUGGUAUACGGUGACAAUUCUCACCUAGUCACAGAAACAGAAUGAUUAGAAUGGGCAUUAUCCUCUAAAAGCAAUUAGCUAUUGCUGAUAGGAUCUUAGGUUAUUUUAAUUGUAUCUAUUUAAGAAUGAAGAAUGAAUUCUUAAGCACUCCAAUGUCCGUGACAUUUCCGAGCUCCCUGUGCAGCACAUCCAACAGGUUGCCAACCAUAUCCAUUUCCCAAUGACAUGGGGAACCAUGCCUGUUCUGUCCAUUCUUUUUCUACACUCCUAACACUGCCUACUCUUCUAGUAACCGCAUAAGAAAAGGGGAGAGAGGGGAGAGCAGGUACGGGACUGUACCUGGUAUGAUUCUGCUGCAGUGCAGGUAACUGCAACAUAUCACAGUGCGACAGGGACUCUUACUCGACUUUGUAUGUUCUUAUAAAGAUACUUAAUACCCAUUAUGUUAGCCGCCUCUGUGGCCUCGUCUGAUAGAGAUGCCAAUCUUCGCUAAUGCAAGUCUGCCUCACCUCCUGAGCACUCUUACAAUCCUAUAGAUUCAGCUUUAAAAAAACGUAGUACUUAAAGAAAUCCUUAUGGUUUUCUAUUUCCAUUGGCAAUUCUGUGGUAAUGAAAAUAGAAGCCCACUGGGCAAAAACUGGUUGAAUCAACGUUGUUUCCAUGUAAUUUCAACAACAACAAAAAAUCCAUGUGAGGUUGAAUCAUAAACUUAAG